AAUAAUAAAUAAUAAUUCUAUAAGAAUCAACAAGACAUACUUGAAAACAUAUUAUAUUAUUUAGGGCAUCAAGAGAAACAGUACAGAUGGGUGAUUGUGGCGCAGCCGGUUAUUGCACUUCCUCGACCUCACUCCUGCAGAAGUUCUGGAAAUGCGAAUUAAGUACGAAAGAUUCUCCCUUGAAAGAAACAGAUCUCCCUCUCCAGUAUUUCUUGGAAUGGAAACCUGAAGGUGGGUUAAGAAGAUCAUUGACAGGUCUGCUGCACUCUUUGCUGGACUUCAUCCUUCAAAAUUCUCUGUUCACAUCUGACCACUGAUUUUUGACCUGCACAAGAUGGACCCAUCAAUUGACCCUGAGAUGGUCAUUGAUGCACUGCCUCUUCCAACUCUCUUCGAGCUGUCCGAUCUACUCGAUAUCCCUGAUGGCAGGGGGAGGCCAUAUUGGAAGGAACUCAUAGCCGUGUUGCCGGGAAAAAUGUACUCAGAUAUACAAAUCAACAAAUUUAGUAUGGCUGGUUUGAGAUUGAAUGGAGAGAGCUCUGCAUACACUUUAUUGCUAGACUUAGGCAAAAGACACAACAAGACUGUCAAACAAUUAGCUUCUUACCUAGAUAAACUUCAUUAUGAGGCAGCUCUUCUACUCAUCAAACCACCAGAGCAACUCUCAAUUAUUGAUAGUCCAUUAUCAUCUAGUAUAAUGACAGGAGAUACGGUCAAGUUUGCGUGCAAAGCAAAAGGUUUUCCAUAUCCCAGAUACCAGUGGUACAGGGCGCAUACAAAGGAUGGCGAAGGAGAUGAAAUCAUCUACGAUGAAGUCAGCGGUGCGGUCGACUCGGUCCUUGAAAUCCAAGCUGCAGAUUGUAGUCAUUCUGGGGGUUAUUGCUGUAAAGUCUACCAUAUACCCAAUGGCAAGGAGUGUUCAAAGUUCACAGACUGGGCCUACCUCACUGUACUUAGGAGAUCUUCAGGUCCACCUAGCACUAGCCCAGGUGGGCAAAUCCUAGCCCCACCGGUGAUCAGACACCACCCAGAGGCAAACCUGAACGUAAACCAGGGGCAGGAGUUGGUAUUGACAUGCAGGGCUACCGGUUGUCCCAAGCCAGACUUUCAGUGGUUCAAGUACGAGGACAACCCCAAGACAGGGGCAGUCGAGAGGAAGCCUGUCAAAGGAUAUACUUCGGAAGUUCUACAGUUUGCUCAAGCAACUCUUGGUGACAGCGGUCAGUACAUCUGCCACGUCAUCAACUCUGUUAGUGAAGCAUGGAGCAACCCUAGCAACGUGAAAGUGACUACCAUGGCCCAGAACCUGAUGAGACGGUGCCACAUUGAGAUCCUAAGGGAUCCCAUUGACGUUCAGUGUGUACCGGGAGCUCCUCAGACGCUGGAGUGCUUGGCGUCCUGCAGUACAGCAAAGCUUCACUAUCAGUGGUACAAGAAUGAGCAUCCAAUGGAAGGUGAAACAUCACACCAGCUGUGCUUCCCAGAAAUGAAAAUGACAGAUGCUGGCAGGUAUUUCUGCCGAGUGACAGCAGAUAAUGGACAGUCUGUAGACUCUAAGGUUGCAGAACUGAAGUUCCCCAUCCCCAAAGAAAGAUUUACAGCAACGGACAAGGUGGCCUUACUUAUUGGAAACGAGGCUUACAGGUCAGGUGACUUACUGAGCGCGCCCGGUAACGACAUGGAGAAACUAGCAAGGAACCUGUAUGAAAUGCAAUUCAAGGUGGUUUCUCUUCUCAAUCUUACUGUGGCUGAGAUGAAAAAAGCCCUGAAGAUCUUCUGUUCAUUACUUGAUGAUGGAGUAUAUGGUUUGUUCUACUUCAGUGGUCAUGGGUUUGAGAAAAAUGGGCAGACUUACAUGGUUCCUGCUGACGCCCCUACUGGCUACUACCCCAAAGAGUGCAUGUGCGCCCAGGAGGUACUGGAAAAUAUGCAGGGAAGAAAUACCGCCCUCAAUGUUAUACUACUGGACAUCUGCCGCAAGAUUAAUGACAUGGCUCAGGGUGAAGUUGAAGUAUUCACACCUAAGGUGACAGGAAACACAGUGUAUGGAUAUGCAGCUCAGAUCAACUCAGAAGCAUUUGAGGUCAGCAAGCAUGGCUAUGCCAUCUUUACCAAAUAUCUUGAGAAGAGGAUCAAAGAAGACAAAUGUAUUUACGAUAUCAUCAGAGAUGUCAUGAAAGAUGUGAGUGGCGACCAUGAUGCAGGUAACAAGCAGUUCCCAGCCAUAAUGGGUGACUUGACGAAGGAACUGUCCCUGCAGGAUGCGAUCCAGUAUACGGGACACACUUCUGAAUACAACAUCCGUAACGAGGCAUGGACGAGAAGUCACGAGCUUCCCCAUGAUAUCCGGAUCCCACUGGUUGAACCUCCUCGUGGGAUAGAAGCCCAUGUUGAGUUCGGGCUUCGUUUCUCCAAUGUGAUGGUGAUUACUACAACGAUCCUCACCAGGGGGUGUCACCACGUGGUGUGAGGCCUUCCCGACUGAAUUUCCAUCUCAAGUUGAUAUCAAACUCAUGAAAGGACAAAUGCCAGUGCCUGAUGCUAAUGGACGACAAUGUCAGCUACCCUUCUACAAAGCUACCAUAGAAAACAUCCAAAGGAUCGAGAGACGUGAAGACUUCACCUUUACCCUGAUUGUGAACUAUGAAUUCCAAGGCAAUCGUUUUCAGGACUCUGUAGGCAUCAAGAUAGAGCGCCCUCUAAUAUCCCAGGUGUGGCUCAUGGAUGAUGAUGGCGUAGAAAGCUCGUUUACAGAGGCUGAAUAUCCAGACUCUACAACAUCCAACUCACUAAUGUGAAGAGGAGUUUCACUGCUCCUCUCAUGAACUGCAUUAAUAAUAAUAACGGCAUAUUACCCAGGGUAGCCACUUCAGUUCCGAAAACUGUUCUCCCAG